AUGAACAUCCUCGAUAUCCCACGUCCCACGACGUUCCUCCAGAAGAUGUCUCUUCGGACGGGGGCCGAGAUCAUUACUUACCUCCAAGUCAUAAACAAGGCGUCGGGAGUCUACGGCCUCCUUGCGCUUCUUACCGGCGCGAAGAUCGAUGGCUUCCAGCUGUCCAUGUACCUCUACUCGACCGUCGCACUCCUCGCUACCACAUUCCUGUACAAGCACAUCCGGUUACAAAGUCCCUUCGAGUCGGUAUUGCUGGCGCACCUGUAUGCGCUCGACUCGGUCAUCAACGCGUUAUAUACAGCCUUCUUCGGCAUCGCGUGGUUCUACACGCUCGCCGCGCACCCAGACGAGAAUGCCGGACUAUCGCCGGGCAUGAAGGACAACGCGGGUUUCACCAGCCCCAAGCACAACGUCACACAGGUCGAUAUUAUCGCGGAGCCCACCGACGGCCUGAAAUCUGGUCAGAACGCCGUAGCAGUCGGACAAGGCGGAGAUGCUGGCGCGGGGUUGGGCAACGCCGUCUUCCAAAGCGGAAGCAUCAUGAGCAUCUCGCUCAUCUCUGGCUUCUGGGCUCUUCGCGUCUACUUCGUCUUCAUCAUGCUGGCUUUCGCGCGCCAGUGCCUCCGCCAACACAUCGCCGCAAACGCCUCCUCCGCCGCAUGGUACAACUCGAACAACAUGCAGACGUCCGCAAACGAUCUCGCUGAAAACCCUUUCGCAGAAGGCAAAGAAGAGGGAAGCGGCUGGAAGGGGCAACUAGGACGCGUCAUGCUCAGCGGUGCGCCCAAGUACUGGCUUGGUGCUGAUGCCGGCGAGGGCGAGGACUGGAUGCGCAGUUUGGGUGGCAAAUUCAAGAAGACCGCACAACUAGACCAGCCUGUUGGUUUCAACGAGCGCGAGCGGAGGCGGAGAGCUGGAACUGGCCCGCCAGUCCCCCAGCUUAAGCUAAAUCCGGAGCUGCCCAAGUAG